GCAGCAUAUAGCAGCACAACUCAAAUGACCGAAUACUACCACAAGACCGUCGAGGCGAUGGCGCACAAGCAGGCCGCGAAGAUCACUUGGAUAUGAUGGAGGCGGCAGCUGUGGCUGACGCACCGUACGUCGACGACGAUGGCGACGCGUCAUGGGGCCCAUUUGUCGUCUUCCCGCGCAUCUCGAUCGACGACUGUAAACUAUGGUACUGGGAACACGACUUGGAGUUUCCUCGCUGGUCGUUUGAGCCGUUGGCGGACGACCCAUCGUUUGGCCGCCUCGAGGUCUUCAGCGACUGCACGCUUCUGCAUCAGCACACGCAUCGCGUUGUGACAGCCCUGGUUCUCAACGAAAUGGUACGCACCAUUGCCACGGUUAACAUGCACUUGUGCCUCGGUACAACGAUGUCGAUGGUGCCGAGCGGCUUGGGUGUGCGCGGCGACGUCCUCCACGGCGGAGAAGGCGAGCCCUAUUCGACGCUUGUUCUCGAUGUCUUUUGCAAGAACGAGAGCCUCGCGAGUCUGCGCGCGACGCUCGCUCGGUGGAUGGACGGCACGUCGAUCUUUAUGCGCAGCCGUCGCUACGUGCUCGUGCUCCAUGUCCGGGGUCAGCCGGUUGAAGAAGUCGAGUUUGGCUUUGACAAGCCGGUGCGCGCAGGCCUCGCAGUGUCGUUCCCACUGGGCCUUAUCUACAAGGGGUUGACGCGGCCCCCAGUCGAGUUGCUCGGCCACGAAGACGAUUUGAUCCGACUCGACUUGAUGCUAUUGCGCCAGCUCAUCGCUCAACCCCCGUAA